GGUUGUCGUGGUAACGUUUGCAGCGUUUAGCAUUAUGUUGCUAUCCGAUGCAGAUGACUCACCAACUUUUAAGAGGUUUAUUGAAUGUUUACAAGCGUGGUUUUAACUCGAGCUGAUUUAGUGAUUCGUAAGAAAACAUAAUCUUAAUUCAGUCGCGGGUAUGUUCGCCUCGGAUUAUGUUAGCUCAGUUAGCCGUCUGUAGCUGAAGUAGCUCCAUCGUUUUUAUCAAUCCGCUGCUUCCUGUGCGAUAUUUUCUCUGUUUCUGUUUUCACGCUUUGAAUCAAAGGAAAGACCAUGUCGGCUGUCAAUAGUCUCGUCCCUGCGCGGUUUCUGACCAUCAUGGCUCACCUUGUCAUCGUUAUCACGAUCUUCUGGUCGAGGGAUAAUAAUAUCAAGGCUUGCUUGCCUUUGGAUUUCACUCAAGAGCAGUAUGAAAAUGAGGACAAAAAGUUGGUGGUGGCACUGGCAGUUACCCUCGGUCUGUUUGCCAUCGAGCUGGCCGGAUUCUUCUCAGGCGUGUCCAUGUUCAACUGUAGCCAAGGACUUCUGUCAACAGGAGCCCAUGCCAGUGCCUCAGUAGCCCUACUUUUCUUUCUUUUUGAACAAUGGGACUGUGACAUCUACUGGUGGAUCCUUGCCAUUUGCAGCGUGCUGCCUGCUUUUGUGGAGAUUCUACUCUUCAUCGCAGUUUUUGGACUGAAGAAGAAACCGUUAUGAAACACCGGCCUGAUGCAAAGUGCUACACAUCAGUUUGAAUUUCAAUAUUUGUUUGCAUGUGUUUUGAAUCGUCCAUAGAGUUGUACAGAAUGACUCAGAGUAAUGUGUAAUGGACAUACAAUGUUGAUACACUGUUCUGAAUUUUUUUUUUUUUUUUUGAUACUUU